AUGACUAAAAGGGGAGCUCCUGUGAUCAAAGUCGCUAUCGUGGGAGCAAGUGGCGAAACUGGACAGUCCAUUAUCAACGGGCUGUUAGGAGGUCAAGGCCUUCCUCGGCCAGAGUCUUUGAACAAACCUAUCAAUGCAGAACUCAAAAACCGGGGCGUAGAUAUCAUACCUGUCAACUUGAGCGGCCCUCUGGACAAAAUUACAGAGGUUCUCUCAGGUAUCGAUGUGGUCAUCUCUGCUAUUUUCUUUGGCAGUCUCGGGGAUGAAAGUCCUCUCACAAAUGCCACAAAAGCAGCAGGGGUGAAGUGGUUUGUCCAGUCGGCUUUCAUGGUUGUUGUGCCCCCGAGAGGCGUUGUGGAUUUCUGUGAGAAAGAAGAAAACUUCAACCACAUCCAGAAAAUACGUCUGCCGUACACGUACGUAGACGUUGGCUGGUGGUAUCAAAUCACACUUCCUCGUCUUCCUUCGGGACGUCUCGAUUAUCUCCUCCCUGGUGGCCGUCCUGACCAGCCUAUUGGCCUGGAUGGAAAUGUACCAAGUGUAUUGGCAGAUAUCAGGGAUGUUGGACGCUAUGUUGCAAAGAUCAUCGCUGAUCCACGAACCCUGAACAAGAAAGUGCAUGUAUUCAAUGAAGUUCACACACGAAAUGAGGUAUACAACUUUUUAGAGAGUGUAAGCGGAGAAAAGCUCGACCGCCAAUACAUAUCGGAAGCAGAGGCCAAGGAACGCCUUGAACAGGCGCGUCAUGCACUCGAACAAAAUCAGAAAGAUAUUUCGGCAUUGGCUAUGCUGACGGUUUCUCAGCUAUCCUUCUCUUGGGGAAUCCGUGGUGAUAAUACCCCGGAACAUGCUGCAUAUCUGGGUUAUCUGAGCGGUAAAGAUUUGUAUCCGGACUUAAACUUUACGACGCUUAGGGACUAUAUGUUGGAGGCACCUGGAGGGAAAAGCAAGGGGGUUUAUCAAGGAAGAUAA